AUGCAAUUUAUUUCCUUUUGCCUUUUUACUAUUAUUUGUGGCUAUUCAUUGGUCAUUUCAGCUCCUGUCAAUCAAAAUACCCCUGAUUCUCAAGAAACCAAACAACAAAAAGCAACUGCUAUUGCUGGUCGUCUUUUAAAAGAACUUGCUAAUGAACAACUUGCAUCAAAUCAUAAAGAAGAAUCUUUAAUAAAAGAUGAAAAUAAGCAACCUAAAACAGAAAAAGUUGAAGCACAUUUAUCAAAAGAAAGUGAUAAUAUUGAUGAUGACGACACUGACUUUAUUCCAAUAGUUGAUGAUUUAUAUGAAAUAUAUGGUAAUAAAUAUAAUCAAGAACCUGAUGAUGAAGAAUCGUCUUCAGAAUUUAUCGAUAAUGAAUACUUGUUGCCGAUCAAUAGACAACAAUUAAUGAGAUAUUUUGCUGAAGAAGAAGAUAGUGAUGAAAAUUUAACACCAGUGAUACAUUCACCAGUAAUGGAUGAUACUCUAAUGACAGCUGAAAGCCAUUGA